GUCUAGGGCUAGAGUCAGCUCUAGCACCAGAACCUCCCUGGCCUUCGCCUGUGCCUGCAGAGAACGGGCUGAGUGAGGAGAAGCCGCAUCUCUUGGUGUUCCCCCCGGACCUGGUGGCAGAGCAGUUCACACUGAUGGAUGCGGAGCUCUUCAAGAAGGUGGUGCCCUACCACUGCCUGGGCUCCAUCUGGUCCCAGCGGGACAAGAAGGGCAAGGAGCACCUGGCCCCCACCGUCCGUGCCACCGUCACCCAGUUCAACAGUGUGGCCAACUGCGUCAUCACCACUUGCCUCGGGGACCGGAACGUGACAGCCCGGGACAGGGCCAGGGUGGUGGAGCACUGGAUCGAGGUGGCCAGGGAGUGCCGAGUCCUCAAGAACUUCUCGUCCCUCUACGCCAUCCUGUCUGCCCUGCAGAGCAACUCCAUCCACCGACUGAAGAAGACGUGGGAGGAGGUUUCCAGGGACAGCUUUCGAAUCUUCCAGAAGCUGUCGGAGAUUUUCUCGGAUGAGAACAACUACUCCCUGAGCAGAGAGCUGCUCAUCAAGGAGGGGACCUCCAAGUUUGCUACCCUGGAGAUGAACCCCAAGAGAGCCCAGAAGCGGCCAAAGGAGACGGGUGUCAUCCAGGGCACCGUUCCCUACCUGGGCACGUUCCUCACAGACCUGGUGAUGCUGGACACCGCCAUGAAGGACUAUCUGUAUGGGAGACUGAUCAACUUCGAGAAGAGGAGGAAGGAAUUCGAAGUGAUCGCCCAGAUCAAGCUGCUCCAGUCGGCCUGCAACAGUUACAGCAUCUCGCCCGAAGAGCACUUCGGGGCCUGGUUCCGGUCCCUGGAGCGGCUCAGCGAGACGGAGAGCUACAACUUGUCGUGUGAGCUGGAGCCCCCUUCCGACUCGGCCAGCAACACCCUCAAGGUCAAGAAGAACACAGCCAUCGUCAAGCGCUGGAGCGACCGCCAGGCCCCCAGCACGGAGCUCAGCACCAGCAGCAGCUGCCACUCCAAGUCCUGUGACCAGCUCAGGUGUGGCCCCUACCUCAGCAGCGGGGACCUUGCCGACGCCCUCAGCGUCCACUCAGCCGGCUCCUCCAGCUCUGACGUGGAGGAGAUCAACAUGAGCUUUGUCCCAGAGUCCCCUGACGGCCAGGAGAAGAAGGUGGGCGACUGCUGCAUCAUCCGAGUCAGCCUGGACGUGGACAACGGCAACAUGUACAAGAGCAUCCUGGUGACCAGCCAAGACAAGGCUCCGGCUGUAAUCCGCAAGGCCAUGGACAAACACAACCUGGACGAGGACGAGCCAGAAGACUACGAGCUGGUGCAGGUUAUUUCGGAUGAUCGCAAGCUGAAGAUACCUGACAACGCCAACGUGUUCUACGCCAUGAACUCUACCGCCAACUAUGACUUUGUCCUAAAGAAACGGACCUUCACCAAGGGGGCAAAGGUCAGGCAUGGAGCCAGCUCUACCCUCCCCCGAAUGAAGCAGAAAGGACUCAAGAUUGCCAAGGGCAUCUUCUAACUGGUCCCUAGCUGGCCAGCCCCAGAGCCACCCUUUCCAGGGUCUGGCUGGCCGGGCAACUAAGCACUUAUAGACUGCAGUGGCCCAGGCCGGCCAGGCGGGCACCUCUGCCCAACCUGCCAACCCAGGCCACCCCCAGACUCCAGUUUCACCCUGAACCUCUCCUGCUGCCGGGAUUGAUGCCUGUGACCGAUGGGCUGACCUGGCCUCCCGUGGACCACUCGCUGCCUUAGGUGCCUUCUGCUCUCUGGAAUCAGAGGACUAGCUGACUUUUGCCAAGGAGCGCUGCCAAUGGGCACGGAGCCCUGCCUGCUGCUGGGCACUGCCCUCUGUACACUUCCCUCACACCUUGCCAGGUGUGGGUUACUGCCAGCUGUGCCCGUGGGCACCCCAGGGCACCCACUCAUCCACUGGGUCUGACCACUGCAGUUCUCUCCUCGUGCCCUUGGGGGGGUCCUGGCCCCUCCUCCCACCACUCUGGCCUUUCUCAGGCUGCACCAAAGAGUCCAUCAUCAGGGCCAACUGAGAGUGAGGGAGUCUCACCCACUGCCCGCUCCAGCCCUCCCCCGGGAGAGGAGAGAGAGACCCUCUUCAUGGACCACACUCUUAACCGGUAAGCGAGGACGGUCUCAGCCGAGGCCCACUGAUGUCGAAUCUCGCAAUGCUGCAUCCUGGGCUGUGUGAGACCACAAGGGACGGGGGUCAGUGGGGAAGGAGGCUUGGGGGGGAGGGGGCGGGGAUUGAAUAUUUGUAUAAAAGGUGAAAAGAAAAUGUUUACCACUUGGGGAGGGACAAUAUUUAUUUGUUGUAAAUAGCAAAGGCUAGACUUGAAUAUUAUAUUAAAAUUCCGUUUCUACUCUA